GCAACAAUCCACCUUGCCAUAAUCCCUUUUCCAACAUGACGGAUACGGAUAUAGAAAGUGCUCAAAAUGUAUUCAAUGGAGAUAUCAAUAGUGAUGGGUCGAACGUCACACCUGAUGCUGAACAAACUCCACUACAAGAUCUAAAAGAGAGGCAAUCUGUAAAAAUCAAACCUUGGGACUUAAUCAAGGAUUGGCGCAUAAUAGUUAUUAUAGUAGUUGCCCUGGGAAUCAUAGCUGCAAUUGGUGUAGCUGUUGUUGUUUCAAUAACACAUAAAGACGGUACCCAUCGACCUGUUAUCAACCCUCAGCCAACGUUUGCGUCAAGUACAGCUAGAAACGAAGCUUCUCGGGAAGAUCAAAGAAUAAAAUGUGAGGAAGCAAGAGCGUCAACUCCCGACAGUUUGCCAGAAAAAUGCAAAUGGUUAUUGAGAAACGAUUAUGGGAAUUCAGAGAAUGACAAUCCAACAAAACAAUUUCUAUGUAAAGAUAACCCACACGUGUUGCCAAAACUAUGCAAGGACUGGCUAUAAAGCUAUAAAACUUAUAAAGCACUGGCUAAACUAGUGAACUACCAUUGUAGGAUGAAUGUAUUGCUUUUU